UUGGCAUCACCGAACAGAACAGAACAGAACAGAACGAAGCUAUCGAUCGCCUUAAGGACGCCAGGUUGAUGGAAUUCUCAGAUGUAUCCUCUGAGUUGUUGUUCAGUAAUCUGGGCGAGAACUUGGUAGUUGAAAUCCUGGCCAGGCUCCCCUGCAGAACAGCAAUCCGGUUGAAAUUGGUAUGCAAGACAUGGUGUUCUCUUAUUUCUUCUCAGUAUUUUAUUACUUUAUUCAAUCACCGCCGCCAUGACCCAUCCCUUCCGCCAAUUCUUCAUUCAUCGUCUGCCUGCAUUAUAUUCCAAUCUCAGAUUGACCCCUUUUCCCCGAUCGUUUGCGGUGGAUACCCCCACCCUGAUGCCAAUUUGUGCGGCUUCCGCAAGCUGGAUUUAAGUUUCCUUCCCUGUCCCGAUCCCCAACUCAGAAUUUAUUUGAAGGUUUCGUGUGCUGAUUUAAUUCUAUGCGCCCCCAUAUGCGUCCUCACCACCUUCCCCAAAUUCCUAUCCCUAUUCUAUGUCUGUAAUCUAGUAACCAAGCACUGGACUGCUCUUCCUCCUCCCCCCCAAUUCAAACUCAGUGAGAGGAAGAUGCCCAGAGCAAUGUCCUUUGGCUUACUUUGCGUUCCUGCGCCCUGUUCCCUUUGCACCACCCCUCAGCAAUCGCAAUGUGUAGACAAUUCUCGCUAUAAUUGUGUGGUGGUUCAAAUUUGUGUUUCCCCACCCGUUUCCAGGGGCAAAUACAGACUCCAACUCUUCUCGUCUCAGGAAUGGAAAACUCUUGUGAUCUCAUCACCAUGGCCCAUCAAAUCACUGUUUCUUCUCCGUUCUUCUGUCUUUCUUGUCCCCUAUAAAGGGAUGCUACAUAUGUUGCUUAGUGCGUAUAUUCUUGUGUAUGAUCCCUAUAAUUCUCCUGAAAAAAUUUCCCGUGCAAUUUAUAUGCCAACUGAUAUGGAAGCUGAGGGGUGUUGCGCCCAAACCCUUGGAGUAUUUGAGGAUCGUCUUCGUUUAACAUGCACUUCGGCUCUUCACUCAGAAAUCCCCAUAUAUUAUAUAUGGGAGCUGGAGAACUACGACAUGGGGAAGUGGAGUUUGGUGCGCAAGGUUUAUUUUAGAGGAGAUAUGUUUCUCUCCAACCUAGACCUUCUGCAUCCUAAUCUUGAUCCUAAAAUUAAAGACACAGGAUUUAACCACAUAGAUGGGAGUUAUUUUUAUUGGACCAAUUCUUCUGGGUGGUUCAUUGGUAAUGGAAUUAUUAAUUCAAUUACUCAUCAGUGGUGGCCAACACCAGUGCCACCACUAAUCCGCGGCUGCACAAUUCAAACAGCGUGAUGCUUCACCACCGACUUGCUUCGCGCCGAGUCCGCCUCAAAUUCCACAGUUCCUCUCCGUUGCCGACCCUCUCUGUGUGCGUUUCUCCAUGGUUGGCUCUUCCAUCAGGCAGUCAAAGUAUCGAAAGAGGAAUGCACUUUUUUUCCUUUCUGUUGGACAAGUUACCUUCUGAUGUUUAAGUGGUCUCAUCCUUGUAUGGUUAGUAAAUUGGUCAUAUUUGGUGCUGGAAGGUUUAUUAUAAUUGCACUGUCACUUCCAUCAUAUGCAGUUUAAGAUAUGCAUAAUAUGAUUCCAGUAAUGUAUGAAUAAUUUUGUCAUUCCAUUACAAUAGCAAUAGUGGUGUCUAUAGUUUGAGUCUUAAAGGGUAUUUGUUGUGGCAAUAUUCUACGUAGGCACAUAUAUGAAAAAUAUUAACUCUUUAUCACUUGGAUUUGGAGUAGGCUUGAGACAGUAAGUCUUGUCCGAAAGAUAUAUAAGGGUGGUUUUAAUAACAUCUUGUAUUCUCUGAAUCAAAUGUUGCACCUUUUUCCUGUCUCUACUGGUGAAAUUAGAUUCUCAUUGUGGAUUUUUAUUUUUCCUCAUUUUUU